AUGUUUCAACACAACACCACACUCUGUUCUUGUCCUUACGACCACUGUCCCGACGCCCGCACAUUCGAUCACCACAACAACAACGAAACCAUCGACCUGCUUCGAUUCUCUUCCGCUUGGAACCACUUAGAUUUCUUCCCGUCUAAACCGGAGAAAAUUCUCAAGAUCGCUGUGGUGGUUAAGAAAUGGCCGCAGAAAUCGCAGGCUGGUGGGCUCGAGCGACACGCGCUUACGCUGCACCUCGCUCUAGCCAAUCGCGGUCACGAAGUUCACGUUUUCACCGCCGCUUCUCCGUCGUUCCCUCAAUAUGGACUGAAAAAACUCCGGUUCCAUCUCUCUGAGCCAACCGCUGGUGGGUAUCUCGAUCAAGCUUCCGUCUCGCAAGAGCUUCAGACGCAGAACGCGAGUGGAAGACCAUUUGACGUUGUUCACACAGAGAGCGUCGGGCUUCUCCACACAAGAGCCAAGAACCUCCGAAACGUGGUCGCGUCGUGGCAUGGAAUCGCUUACGAGACUUUUCACUCCGACAUCAUCCAGGAGCUCCUACGUCAAGCAGAGGUCACCGCCGCUGCCGUUUCCGGAGCCGAAGAAGAACAGCCAACGCCUUCUUCUCCAGCUCUGACGGAGCGAGCCAAACGAGUCGUCGAGGAAGUCAAAUUCUUCCAACGCUACGCUCACCACGUGGCAACUAGCGACCACUGCGGGGACGUACUCAAGAGGAUCUACAUGAUUCCCGAGGAACGCGUCCACAUCAUCCUAAAUGGUGUGGAUGCGAGCGUUUUCAAACCGGACGUUUCUAAACGCGAAAGCUUCAGAGAGGAAUUCGGCGUUAAAAGGGGCAAGAACAAAAACAGCCUUCUGGUUCUUGGAAUCGCAGGGAGGCUAGUGAAGGAUAAAGGUCAUCCUUUAAUGUUCUCAGCUUUGAAACGAGUGUUCGAAGAGAACAAGACGGCGCGCGAAAACGUCAUCGUUUUAGUAGCUGGAGAUGGUCCAUGGGGGAACAGAUAUAGAGACCUUGGGUCUGAUAAAGUGAUCAUUCUUGGACCGUUGGAUCAAGAAAAGCUAGCGGGAUUUUACAAUGCGAUCGAUGUGUUUGUGAACCCAACGCUUCGAGCUCAAGGGCUCGAUCACACACUCUUGGAAGCCAUGGUUUCAGGCAAACCGGUCUUAGCCACGAGGCUAGCGAGCAUCACGGGGUCCGUAGUCGUCGGUCCACAUUUGGGAUACACUUUCUCGCCGAACGUUGACUCUCUCACAGAAGCGAUUUCACGAGUUGUUAGUGACGGAACAGAGGAGUUGCAGAGGAAAGGCAAAGAGGCGCGUGAACGGUCGUUGAGGCUUUUCACGGCGUCUAAAAUGGCUGAUGCGAUUGUCUCUAGAGGAAGAGUUGUCACAAGUUCGAGUUUAAAAUUUAACAUGUUUUUAGGGCUUUAUUCCUCUGUAAAGAAGUCUGAUUUCGUCGCGUGCGUUUGCGUUUUGAGAACCCUGCCACCAGUUUCCUCUCGCAACAUCUUGCGAGUUCUGUCCGUUAGCAUCGUCUUCUCCGAGUGUUUUGAGACUAAGUGGGGAAAGAAGAAGAAGGAACUUCUUUUUCACACUAACCUUGUGAUCCAUGAAGGUGAUAGAACUAGAACCUUGGAGGGAUGGGGGAAAAUGGAAGAAAAGAUUCCGGAGGAAGAAGAUGGCGGCGAAGGAUCUUUGGAGCCGAAGAGCUCGGCGGUGAAAGAAGAAGAAGGUGAUGAUCCGACUCGUCCUUUACCCUCCAUUAGUAAACUGUUAAAGCUUACACUCUGA